GGAAUUUCAAAACGCCACCGUGUAAAAAAAUCUAUGGACGAAAAUUAUGGAUACAAAUUUGUGCUUCUACUUAACAUACGAAUAGAUAUAAAAUUGAUAACGUUAAAGUUGUAAAAUGUGAGAAUUCUUUUCAGUUUUUAGUAUCUGUACUCCACACUAUGUUUAUUUGGCCAUUGUUCGAGUACACUUUCAUUUAAAUACCAUUCAUCCUUCCAUUAUUCGUGAUUGAAACUAGUGCCGGCGAAUAGAUACAUUCUGCCGAAAGUAAGAUUUUUCCAAAUGACAGCGUUAAAGUAUACUUCACUUUUUCGGUUGUCAACCGAUAAACAAGAAACUGUACUGAAACUUGGGGUGUUAACUCUCGCUGCAAUUCUGUCGUUUGCGAUUCGGUUGUUUUCGGUGUUACGUUUCGAGAGCGUAAUUCAUGAGUUCGAUCCAUAUUUUAACUAUCGAACGACCAAGUAUCUUGCCGAAAAUGGAUUUUACAAUUUUCACAAUUGGUUCGACGAGCUGGCAUGGUAUCCCUUGGGAAGAAUCAUCGGUGGUACCAUUUACCCUGGUUUAAUGGUGACAUCAGCGAUGCUUUAUCAUAUUUCGAGGCUUGUCAAUAUUACUAUUGAUAUUCGUAACAUAUGCGUAUUUUUGGCUCCUCUAUUUUCCAGUUUCACUACAAUUGUUACUUAUUUGCUGACGAAAGAGUUGAAAAAUACCGGCGCCGGCUUAGUAGCAGCUGCUUUGAUCUCAAUUGUUCCGGGUUAUAUUUCCAGAUCUGUUGCUGGUUCCUACGAUAACGAAGCUAUUGCCAUUUUCUGUAUGUUAUUGACAUACUACGGAUGGAUCAAAUCUGUCAAAACCGGUAGCAUUUUUUGGGCAUUAUUUACUGCGUUGGCGUAUUUUUACAUGGUAUCGUCGUGGGGAGGCUACGUAUUUCUCAUAAAUCUUAUACCAUUACACGUGUUGGCGUUGAUGAUUACUGGAAGAUUUUCUAAUCGUAUUUAUGUGGCUUAUAGUGUCGUUUAUUGCUUAGGAACAGUUUUAUCUAUGCAAAUUUCAUUUGUUGGCUUCCAACCGGUUCAAAGUUCCGAACAUAUGUUGGCUUUAGGAGUGUUCGGAUUAUGUCAGAUUGUUGCUUUUACGAAUUUCCUCAGGAGUAAAUUGAGUGGAGAAGAAUUCGACAUUUUGUACAAAGGGUUAUUAGGCGGAAGCUUGGGUUUGAUUUUAGGCCUCGGAAGUAUUCUAGCGCUUUCUGGAAAAAUUGCGCCUUGGACGGGUAGAUUUUACACUCUAUUGGAUCCAUCCUACGCUAAAAAUCAUAUCCCGAUUAUCGCAUCUGUUUCUGAACAUCAGCCUACGUCUUGGUCGUCGUUUUACUUUGAUCUGCAGAGUUUGGUAUUCUUGUUUCCCACUGGCUUGUACUUCUGUUUCCAUCGUUUGUCAGACGCUAAUAUUUUUCUUAUAUUGUACGGCGUGACGAGUAUUUACUUUGCGGGAGUAAUGGUUCGAUUGAUGUUAGUUUUGGCGCCGGUUAUGUGUAUCUUGUCAGGGGUUGCUGUUUCGUCGUUACUGUCUUCUUACAUGAAAGAUUUGGAUCCUCCGAAAAAUCUCGACAAAAAAUCCAAGAAAUUGGCGGAAAGCGAUUAUGAGUUGAAAAGUCAAGUUGCCAUGUUCUUUGUUAUAGGUAUGAGUGGAAUGCUGAUAUUGUACGUGCAUCAUUGCAUAUGGGUGACAUCGGAAGCCUAUAGUUCUCCCAGUAUUGUAUUAUCUGCCAGAGCCCAUGACGGAUCUCAAGUUAUUUUCGAUGAUUUUAGAGAAGCGUAUUAUUGGUUACGUCGUAACACUCCGCAGGAUGCUCGUAUCAUGUCGUGGUGGGAUUACGGAUAUCAGAUAACAGCGAUGGCGAAUCGGACCGUAAUUGUGGAUAAUAACACGUGGAAUAAUACUCAUAUAUCAAGAGUCGGUCAGGCUAUGGCAUCGACUGAGGAUAAAGCUUACGAAAUAAUGCGUGAAUUGGACGUCGACUAUGUUCUGGUAAUUUUUGGCGGAGUGGUUGGAUAUUCUUCUGAUGAUAUAAAUAAAUUCUUGUGGAUGGUGCGUAUCGGUGGUUCGACGGAGCGAGGCAAGCAUAUCAAAGAAUGGGAUUAUUAUUCGCCUUCUGGAGAAUUUCGCGUGGAUAGCGGUGGUUCGCCUACUAUGUUGAAUUCACUGAUGUAUAAACUAUGCUAUUACAAUUUUGGCAAAGUUUACUCCGAAGCUAAUAAAGCUUCCGGUUACGAUAGAGUGAGAAAUUCAGAAAUUGGAAAUAAAUACUUUGAACUGGAUAAAUUGGAAGAAGCUUAUACCACGGAACAUUGGCUCGUUAGGAUUUAUAAAGUAAAAGGUUUAAAUAACAAAGGCUUGUAAACAACAAUUGUGAACCUCUUCUACAUUUUUCGAUCUUUCAAGUUUUAUGCUACUUUACCAUCUCUGUGUUCCCUCACAGAUAAUCAUAUAUUAAAAGUAUGGAUAAUUGAAACAGUAUGUGUUUGUAAAUCAUUCUGCGUCUCGAGUCUUUUUAAUAAGAGUUCAUGUUUGUUAUGUAACAGUAUAGUUUUGGUUAUUUCCACUUAGUACUGUUGUUUUUCCAACUUAUUUUUUUUUUCUUUAUCUGAUUUUAGUAAUUUACUUAGUUCGUCUUACUUAAAAAUUCAUUUCCGAUUGUGAUCAAAGAUUUAUGUUCUUACCACAAAUUAUUUUUUGGGAUUUUUUUUUUGAUAAAAUAAGUUUUUGUAUUUGUGAUUUAUUAUUAUAAGUGUUUUAAAACAAGUGUGCUGAGCAAUUAAGCAUGUCUACGAUGGAACAAACGUUCAACUUAGGGUGUCUUACUUAUCAUGAAUUUCUGCGCUUUGUAUUUGAAUGCAUUUACUGUAAUAUUUUUAUGUAUACAGAUUCUAUUUUAAAAUUUUCUAUAUUUAAUUUAAGAAUCAGUUGAAUGUACAAUGUUCAGAUGUACUAUUGUGGUUUUGUUAUAAAAAAGCUAUUAUGAAAAACGUG